UGCUGCUAUCAGCGGGUCAAAGAAAGAUGGCGGCGGAGGAGAACAGGUUGAAGCAGCGGAAUCACAAAAACAGCAUCUUCAAAGAAGGUGACCGCGGUUUUAAAUCUGACACGUCCCCGAUGAGGUGUGAGGAGGAGGAGGCCGACCUGCUGAAGGGGGACGAGCCGGACGUAGCCAGGCCGGUGCAGAUCGUGGUUGCGGACGAGGAGGAGCACUCGUUCUCGCUGCAGGAGGAGGCGCUGGAGCGGCUGCUGCUGAAGGAGGAGGUGCAGGACCUCAACGUGGUCGUGGUCUCCGUGGCCGGAGCGUUCCGCAAGGGGAAGUCCUUCCUGCUGGACUUCAUGCUGCGCUACAUGUACACACAGUCGGAGUCGUGGGUCGGCACCGAGGAGGAGCCUCUGACCGGUUUCUCCUGGCGGGGGGGCUGCGAGCGGGAGACCACCGGCAUCCUGGCCUGGAGCGAGGUGUUCGUGGUGAAGAAACCAGACGGCUGCAAGGUCGCAGUUUUACUAAUCGACACACAGGGGGCGUUUGACAGCCAGUCCACCAUCAAAGACUGUGCCACACUGUUCGCUCUCAGCACCAUGACCAGCUCUGUGAUGGUGUACAACCUGUCCCAGAAUGUCCAGGAGGACGACCUCCAGCACCUCCAGCUCUUCACUGAGUACGGGCGGCUGGCCAUGGAGGAAGUUUAUGAGAAACCAUUUCAGAGUCUGAUGUUCCUGAUCAGAGACUGGAGUUAUCCAUACGAGCAUCCGUACGGCCUGGAGGGAGGACGGAGCUUCCUGGAGAAGCGUCUGCAGGUGAAGCAGAACCAACACGAGGAGCUGCAGAACGUCAGGAAACACAUCCACUCCUGCUUCUCCAACAUCGGCUGCUUCCUGCUGCCUCAUCCCGGCCUCAAGGUCGCCACCAACCCUCACUUCGACGGUCGGCUCAGAGAUAUCGAUGAUGAGUUUAAGAAGGAGCUGGUGAACCUCGUCCCCACGCUGCUCUCUCCAGAGAACCUGGUGGAGAAGGAGAUCGGAGGAGUCAAGAUCACCUGCAGAGACCUGUUGCAAUACUUCAAAGCUUACAUGAAGAUCUAUCAGGGAGAGGAGCUUCCUCACCCCAAGUCCAUGCUGCAGGCAACAGCUGAAGCUAAUAACCUUGCAGCUGUAGCAGGAGCCAAAGGCUUGUACAACAAAGGCAUGGAGCAGGUCUGCGGCGGAGACAAACCCUACAUCAACCCGGCGGAGCUGGAGCGCCGGCACCUGGAGUUCAGGCAGGCGUCGGUGAAACACUUCCGCGGCGUUAAGAAAAUGGGCGGCGAGGAAUUCUGCCGGCGCUACCAGGAGCAGCUGGAGGCGGAGCUGGACCAGACGUACAGCAACUUCAACAAGCACAACGACGGCAAGAACAUCUUCUUCGCCGCGCGGACCCCCGCCACGCUGUUCGCCGUCAUGUUCGUGAUGUACGUGGUGUCGAUGGUCACGGGCUUCGUGGGCAUCAACUCCGUGGCAACGCUGUGUAACCUGCUGAUGGGCGUCGCUCUGACGGCACUCUGCGUCUGGGCGUACGUGAAAUACUCCGGAGAGUUCCGUGAGGUGGGAGGAGUCAUCGACCAGGUGGCUGAAACCCUCUGGGAACAGAGGACUCCACGAAAGGUUUUCUCCAAACUCUUCGAAGUGGCUCGGAGUCGAGUCCCGUUGGGAAGUCUCAUCCCGGCUCCUCGGCCCCGGCUCGCCUCGAACAACAACGUGAAGAAGAAAAACUAGCAGCACGCCGUCGCUGUCUUUUCACUUUUAUCCUCCCCCUCUCCCUGCUCUGUUUUGAAACCACGUUUUUUAGUACGGUUUGAGACGUGUAAAUGAGUUUCUGUUCUCGGACUGUAGACAAAGGUUCCUCGCCGCGCUGGCUGUAGGUUUUAAGGACUCGCUGUAGACGCAGCAGUGUGAUGUAUUUUAUGAUUUGUCAGUGGGCGGGGUUACGGUAUUUAUUGGUGGGAGGGGCCAUUAUUCUAUCACAGUGUUGUCCCAGGUGUGUGCGCUCGCCUGUCGGACGACGACAUUAAUGAUUCCCGUUUUAUGUGAAUGUAUGAAUGAUGAGCAUGACCACAGACCCUCCUCAUGGUUCCCCCCCCCCCCCCCCUUCCCUCCUGUCCUCUCAGUCGGGUUGUUUCUGUCGCUGGGCGGCGUCACGAGGAGGAGUCACGACCAAAGUUUACAGCUUUACUCACAGAGGCUCUCAGACUGAGCGACUGACAACAGGCAGGCUCAUACAUCAGUCUAAGGAAUUCAAAAAACAAGUUCGGUUUCAGGGAAAUUUUACAGUUUUUCUUACUCGGAAUCACAAACUCAUGGAUAUAUUUGAACCUUUCUGUGCUGACUGAAGCGUGGUGAACGGCUAACGGCAGCUCGACUCAAACUGGGCAAACAUGGCUGCAGCUCUGAUGAAAUUAAAGGAAAAACGACUAAGUACUUGAGCGUGGAGAUUGGUUUUCGACCAGAAGAUAUUCACUAACCAGAGCUUUUGAUUGAUCAGUGAAUUUAACUUUUUCAUUGAACCUCUGUACAGCACUUAGGCUAUGUGCCACACAGUCAAGAGCCUAUUGUAAAGUGAUCUCAGCAUUACUCAUUAAUCAUCAGUGAUUUCUAUACGGUUUAAAACUUGAUUUUUGCGCUGCAGUUAACAGGAAGACUUCCAGUAUGUGACCAUGAGUUAAAUCAGGAAUCUGUGCGGUGUUGGCAGUCGCUUCAAGCUCUUGUAAGUUUUAAAAUUAAGAAUAUUUUGGAAUCAUGACUGAAGAAGCUGUUCCUUCAGAUAGUUACCAUUACUCUAAACAUCCAUGAGUUUGUCUGACCUUGUGAAAGUAGAGCUGUAAGUCAAAUAAGCUUCCCCCGAAACCAGCUGACUCUUGAAGUAGCCGUCUAAAGUUGACCUUAUUAUCUUUAUCUUGAUUGAUUCAUCCAUUAUUUUCAUAUUAUCGGUAUUGACUUGAUCAUGAUUUUCAGUAUUAAACCUAUUAUGUGUUUUCUAGUUUACUUUAAGGUUAGUAAGUAGAGGACCUCGUGUUUUGAGUCAGGGAAGAUUAGGAACUAUUUCUUGAUGGCGUAUCAUUCCACCUCGGCUCAACUUAACGUAGAAAAAUGACAAAUAUUGAUGUCUGAUCCCAAAACGGAAAGCACUACGAACCAUUCCUUUAAAUCUUGAAAGAUAUCUGGGUUAUUAUUUUGGGGGCUUUUUUUAAACAUUAACCUCACGAUGAACCAUUUUGAUCUGACUGCCGGCGUUUCAGAGAACAAAGCUUUUUUUAAAUUGUGUUCCUCCAGUUCAGCUCAGACCUUGUAGAUAAUAUGUAAUUGUUAUUUAACUAGAGUGUUAUUCCCUCUCUGUCAUUCCUCCCCUUCAUCGUCACAUCUAAAGGACUCUUAUUGUUGUUUUUCAACCACCAGGCACUACAAAUCAUUUCAUCGCUUGCAUUUAAUGUUACUGUUUCCAUUUUAAAGCCAAACUCUGAUCAUUGGAUGACUGAACUUCAUUCCAGACGUCGACCCCAUCACGUUGUUGUUUUUCUGAAUCGUAUUUUCUUAAUUUAAUCCCCAUCAUUCCAUCCACAACAUCACCACCGUGUGCUUUUUUGUUUUUGUACAGUUUAGUUUUUUACAGCCUCAUCCACACAUAGGGCAUGUGUAUGAAUAUAUACAUAUAUAAAUAUAAAUUUUCUAGACCUUUUUGUAGCUGUAAGAACAACGGUUUGGGUGGUAGACCAGAUUCAGCUCACUGGACGUAAAGGAAUGCUUUCGUGAUUUGUGGAUAUGUCUAAUAAAUUCCUUUUUUAUAUAUAUUUGUACAUUUUAUCUUACAUGAGCACUGCGAUUCCACCCCUGCUGGCGAAGAAUGUUUAUAAUCUGGAUUCUUUUUUUCUUCUUUAUUCCUUUGUCUUUUGUUGCAUUUUAAAGUUAUUUUCGUUAAUUUAUUUUUCAAUACAAUAAUAAACCAAACUCGUACAACACAAA